AUGUUCUCAAACAACGAUGAAGCUGUGAUCAACAAGAAACUUCCAAAAGAGCUGCUGCUCCGAAUUUUCUCGUUCCUGGAUGUGGUCACUCUGUGCCGUUGUGCUCAAGUUUCCAGGGCAUGGAAUGUUCUGGCCCUGGAUGGCAGUAACUGGCAGCGAAUUGACCUGUUUGAUUUCCAGAGGGACAUUGAGGGCCGAGUGGUUGAGAAUAUCUCCAAAAGGUGUGGGGGCUUCUUGCGGAAGCUGAGCCUGCGCGGCUGCCUGGUGGUGGGAGACAAUGCAUUAAGGACAUUUGCACAGAACUGCAGAAAUAUUGAAGUAUUGAACCUAAAUGGCUGCACCAAGAUCACAGAUGCGACGUGUACCAGCCUGAGUAAGUUCUGCUCGAAACUCCGGCAGCUCGACUUGGCUUCCUGCACGUCCAUAACCAACCUGUCUCUGAAAGCGCUCAGCGAGGGGUGCCCGCUGCUGGAACAGCUGAAUAUCUCCUGGUGCGACCAAGUGACGAAGGAUGGCAUCCAGGCGCUGGUGAGGGGCUGCGGAGGCCUCAAAGCCCUGUUUCUGAGAGGCUGCACGCAGCUUGAGGAUGAAGCUCUGAAAUACAUCGGUGCACAUUGUCCCGAACUGGUGACUUUAAACCUGCAAACGUGCUUACAAAUAACAGAUGAUGGUCUCAUUACAAUAUGCAGAGGAUGCCACAAGUUGCAAUCCUUGUGUGCUUCAGGCUGCUGUAACAUUACAGAUGCCAUCCUGAAUGCCCUGGGACAGAACUGCCCACGGCUUAGAAUAUUAGAAGUUGCAAGGUGUUCUCAACUCACAGAUGUGGGCUUUACCACUCUAGCAAGGAACUGCCACGAGCUCGAAAAAAUGGACCUGGAGGAGUGCGUCCAG